AUCCGGCACCGCCUUCCCGCAUCGUCAGCGCUGCGCCGCCCGGCCUCCGGCUAGGCCCACCUUGCGGCGUCAUUGGCAGCGAGACGGCGCCGACGCCGACGCCAUCGGGCUGAGCCGGGUCGCAGGCCGGUGAUCGCGGGUUGCGGGAUCAGCUCUCGCAAGGUCUGUUGUCAGUUUACUCUCAGGACAUCCGAGAAUCGUCUAGACAAGUACUUGUAUAGGGAGGUUUCACGGCAGUCGGGUCACGACCCAUGACCCGUACUGUUGCAACGCUGCGCCAAGUGGAGUACACGCGAUGAACGGCAGAAAAAUUAUGAUACAAAGACCUGAGACACUUUUCAAGAAGAAUAUCUGCUUGGUCCUUGCAGCCAUUGUAAAUAAUUUUCUUGUGCAUCUGCACCAUUAAAGAAGAGGAAAAUUAUAUGCUUUGCUCCUCAAGUAAUGAAGAUCAGUAACAUAUUGCCACAAAGGAUGCAGCUGCUCAUGAAGAUGUUAAAGUAUCAGUUCUACAAACAAUGUGCGAGUACAGAAUUGAAAACAAGAAACUUCACUCGCAUGGCCUUUGCAAAACAUCAGAGGCGUGUUGUCAUUACUGGAAUUGGUUUGGUGUCUCCACUUGGAGUUGGCACACAACUCACGUGGAACCGAAUCUUGAAAGGAGAGAGUGGUAUUAUAUUUUUAGAUGCACCAAAGUACAGAGACUUGCCUUGUAAAGUGGCUGCCUGUGUACCACAUGGUGAUGGAGAAGGAGAGUUCAAUGAAGAAAAGUUUGUUUCAAAAUCCGAGAAAAGGUCCAUGUCGGAUGCUACAAUAAUGGCAAUAGCAGCAACUGAACUUGCACUCAAAGAUUCCAACUGGAGCCCACAAUCUGAAAAAGAGCAAGUAACCACGGGUGUAGCUAUUGGUAUGAGUAUGGCCCCUCUUGAUGAAAUUACUAAAACUGCUGCCCUUUAUGAAGCUCACGGCUAUAAAAAAAUGAAUCCCUUUUUUGUUCCCAAGAUUCUUCCCAACAUGGCAGCAGGACAGAUCAGUAUUAAAUACGGACUUAAAGGUCCAAAUCAUUCAGUAGCGACUGCAUGCACAACAGGAGCACAUGCAAUUGGGGAUGCUUCAAGAUUUAUCCUCCAUGGAGAUGCAGAGGUGAUGCUGACAGGUGGCACAGAGGCUUGCAUUUGCCCUUUAUCUAUCGCAGGCUUUGCAAAGGCACGUGCCCUCUGUACCACUUGUAACUCUACCCCUAAAUUGGCUUCACGUCCUUUCCACCCUGACAGAAAAGGAUUUGUAAUGGGAGAGGGGGCAUCGGUGCUGCUGCUCGAGGAAUAUGAACAUGCUAUAGCAAGAGGAGCACGGAUCUAUGCAGAAAUACUUGGUUAUGGACUCACCGCAGAUGCCAGUCAUAUAACUGCUCCCAGCACUGGAGGAGAUGGAGCUUUUAGGUGUAUGGCUGCUGCAAUAAAUGAUGCUGGAUUGAUACCGCAGGAUGUUACAUACAUCAAUGCACAUGGCACCAGCACACCACAAGGAGAUGCAGCUGAGAAUCAAGCCAUUAAGAGAUUGUUCAAAGAACAUGCAUAUUCUCUUGCUGUCUCUUCCACUAAAGGAGCCACUGGCCACCUCUUGGGAGCAGCUGGAGCCAUAGAAACAGCAUUUACAGCACUGGCCUGCUUUCAUGGGGUCUUGCCUCCUACUCUGAACCUUGACAGGACAGAACCUGAAUUUGAUUUGAAUUAUGUCCCUAUUAAGGCUCAAGAGUGGAACACCUCAAAAAGACGCAUUGCACUAACUAAUUCAUUUGGAUUUGGAGGUACAAAUGCAACACUUUGCUUGGGGAGCAUCUAAUUAACAUUUUACAAUAAAUAAUUGAAAGGCUGUUUCGCUGGGUUGUACAUUUGCAGAAACACAUGCUAUAGGAAAAGCUGGAUGUGGCAGCACAAAAAUAUUGAAAUGGAAAUUACUCAACCAUCAUGAUAAAAGAACAUUGUAAUUUUAUUGAUUGUUAAUGCUUUCCGGCACAGCUAGUUUUCUCAUUGUUAGCAGCAGAAAUAAUUUAUAAAUCAAAUGGGCUUAAGUGUUUUCAUUAAAAGUCUGUUUGUUAAACUGCAA